UACCCAGCCUCCCAGAAGCCCAGAGAAAGAGAGAGAGGAGAGAGUGCAGUGCAGACCUCCUGGCCUCAGGCCUCUGGGCCAGCCCGCGGAAAGCUCCACAGCAUGUGGGAGCUCCGAUCUAUAGCCUUCUCCAGAGCCGUGUUGGCGGAGUUCCUGGCCACACUCCUCUUUGUCUUCUUUGGCCUUGGCUCAGCCCUCAACUGGCCACAGGCCCUGCCUUCUGUGCUGCAGAUCGCCAUGGCUUUUGGCCUUGGAAUUGGCACCCUGGUGCAGGCUCUGGGUCAUGUCAGUGGGGCUCACAUCAACCCAGCUGUGACUGUGGCCUGCCUGGUGGGUUGCCAUGUCUCCUUCCUGCGGGCCAUCUUCUACGUGGCUGCCCAGCUUCUGGGUGCUGUAGCAGGCGCUGCUCUGCUCCAUGAGAUCACGCCAGCAGAAGUCCGUGGGGAUCUGGCUAUCAAUGCCCUCAACCAUAACACAACAGCUGGCCAGGCAGUGACCGUGGAGCUCUUUCUGACCCUGCAGCUGGUGCUCUGUAUCUUCGCCUCCACUGAUGAACGUCGUGGAGACAACCUGGGCAGCCCUGCCCUCUCCAUCGGUUUCUCUGUGACCCUGGGCCAUCUUCUUGGGAUCUACUACACUGGCUGCUCCAUGAAUCCUGCCCGCUCACUGGCUCCGGCUGUUGUCACCGGCAAGUUUGAUGACCACUGGGUCUUCUGGAUCGGGCCCCUGGUCGGCGCCAUCCUGGGCUCUCUCCUCUACAACUACCUGCUGUUCCCCUCCACCAAGAGCCUGUCUGAGCGCCUGGCGGUGCUGAAGGGCCUGGAGCCUGACGUCGACUGGGAGGAGCGCGAGGUGCGGCGGCGGCAGUCGGUGGAGCUGCACUCGCCGCAGAGCCCGCCGCGGGGCAGCAAGGCCUGAGCUGCUGCCUCUGGGCCUGGACCGCAGGCAGCGCAGCCUGCUGGGUGCGGCCAGGCAUGGAAGGCCCACCCUGUCCCUGUCUCUCCAGGCCCGAGACUGCUCCCAGGGCAGAGCGGCUGGCAGCAGGAAGGGGGCCUCUGGAAUAGCAGUGAGCCUGAUGGAUGCCCUGCCUGGAGGUGGAGGCUGUGCACCGCUGUGCCAGUGACCCUCUGGGCCCUGACAGGGAACUGAAGAUUUAAGAGACACGAGCUGGGGAGGGAGGACAGGUGGGAGGAAGUGGAAGCUCUGAGAGCCUGCGCCCAGGUUCUUGGGUGAGAAGUGUGGAGACCCCCACCUUAGGGGUCCAGGAAUGGUGCAUUCCGUUUUGCUAGUGUGCAAAUGUAUAUUCAUCCUUACUUUCCUCUGUCCUCCAGUGCCGGGUUUGCCUGAGUGUGAACUGGUAUGGUGAUGUCAGUGUGCAGUGCUAGGGCCUCUCACUCCCCACUUCAACCUCCUCCUCCCACACUUGCAAUAAAUCCACUUCCUCUGCAGAGGAUGAAUCCUCCGAGCAAGUUACUCCCAGGAGAAGAGGAAAGGAGAGUCUGAAGGGAAGGCCCCGAUUCCAACCCCUGUCUUGCCCCUUCUGGAAAAUUCCCAAGCUGCAGCACCGGGCCUCAAGACCUGCCCUGAUGCAUUGGUGGAGGCAAGAAGUAUCAACCAGAGAACAGCUCCACCAGAAAUGGCCUCUGGGAAAAGGAGGUCUAAGGCUGGGCAUGGUGACACAUGCCUGUAAUCCCAGCACUUGAGAGGCUGAAGCAGGAGGACUGCUUCAAUUCAAGGCCAGCAUGGGCUACAAAGUGAGUUCGAGGCCAGCCUGAACUGCAUAGUGAAGCUCUGUCUCAGUGGAGUGUGGUGGUGCAAGCCCAUAACACCAGGAGGUUGAGAGGCAGGAGGAACUCUGUCUCAAAAAGAUUUUUAAAAAAAGAAAAGAAAGAAAGGAGAGGGCUGAGUGGCCAAAGAUUUCCUUUCUGCCUUUAGGAAGGACUCUUCAAAGGGAAAGCACACCUGUGUGUACACACCUGCAUGUGUGUGCAUGUACAAACACAUGUGCAGGCAUGCACACACAUGAGACCCCCAUCUGGUGGAGGGGGAAGACCCACAGAUUAAACUUCUUCUCAGGUGCAGAAAACAAAAACCCUUUGUGGGCCCCUGGCUUUUGUCUUCAAGAAGGGGAGAUUUGCAACUAGACACUUCUUGAAAGGAGACACUCAGUUUCCGCAAGUGAGUCUCUGGCCCAGCUCACACCUAUGGCUGGCUAGGCAGGGCACUCAGGUGUGCAACCACAGCACAAGGCAGCAGCCACCAUCAUGCUCCUCUUCCUCCCCCAGCCCCAGGGAGGUUCCUCCUCCCCAGAAAUCUCUGUUCCCGCCUCCUUGGGGGUAGAAACAGACAGUCCCCUUAAGUUAGAUGCCCCUUCUGGCUCUCACAUUGAACGCUUAUUGUGGAUACUGCAGACCAGAAAAGGAAACGACUUGCCUGGGGGAGAGGCAGAUGUGAGUCUAGAACCCAGGUUUCUACAUUUCCAGGCCAGUGUAAUGGUUCUCAAAUGAGACUCCAUAGGAUUAAGCGAGACCAUGCACGUAAAAAUGCUGGGUGAACAGUAAUUCUUAAUACUAGUAGUAUGCACUAUGAGGUUGAUUUUCAGUACUUCUGCUUCCUCUGGAGGGAGGUGACUACAGAAGGGGCCCGACCGUCAGCCUCCUUCCCCUCUUUUAGUUGGUGGUAAAAGCAAAGGAGAGGGGGCUGGGGAUUUAGCUCAGCGGCAAAAGUGCCUGCCUUGCAAGCAGGCAGUCAUGAGUUCGAUCCCCGGUACCGAUAAAAAAAAAAAAAAAAAAAAAAAAAAAAAGCAAAAA